AUGAAUUUGGAAACGGAUGCUUUAAUGUUUGAGAGAUGCAAUUGACAUUGACAACACGUAUACAAGACGCCCUGCGAUUAGCGCUCGCAGAUCCUUCGUUCAAUAUACGAUCCAAAGAAGAAGCCAAAAGUGCUGUAGACGCUUCAUUGGAUGUGACCAUGGGAAUUUCAUUUACAUUACUGCAGGAACUAGCUCAAUUCUUGUCGCACACCAAGGAUUCAAAUGGUCGUAUAUGGCUUCAUGAACUUAUUCAGGGAGCUGGUGUCUACCAUGAACCAAAACCAGUCGAACCAAAGGAUCUUGUCUUCCAAGCUUAUCUUGAGCAAUUACGAAAAGAUCAAGCUGAGCGGGAAUAUGCUCGAAUGGUAUCUUCUGUUGUCACAUCCGAACAAGACAAAAACAUGUUCCGGAUACGGCCAGAUGAACUUAAAGAGGUCAAGGGGCACGUAACAACCAUUGUAAAUAUUGCUUUCUCCAUGGUUGCAGUUUAUGUUGCAGUGUUUGUAGCUUCAAAAACAAUGACAGAAGAUCUUGGUGUGCGUGUACUUCUUUCUUUUGCUGGUGCUAUUGGAAUUGGUGCAGUAGAGACAAUACUGUAUGUACGGUAUGCCAGUAAAGUACUCUCUCCACCCAAGAAAAAGACGAUGAAAAAGAACUCUUUAAAUGUUCAAAAACAGAAAACAAAAAUUAUAGCUAAUAAAAUCGAUUCUUGAAGCUUUGUGUAUUUAUAUUAUG